AUGGAUGAUAAUUCUGUUAAUUUCAUUGAAACUUAGUUUAAUCUAUAGUAUCCAACUCCAUUUGCUAUCAGCAAUGUAGACAUUAUUCAUGUUAGAUUAAGUAAUUUCUAGAAUUGCUUCUAUUAAUAGCGAGGAGGUGUAUUCAAGUUAUAAAAUACAACCCUUUAUGAUGAAGGCUCAAUUUUUUCAUUCAAUUAAGCUAUGAGUGGUGGAGCAGUAUAUUGUGAAAAAUGCCAUGCUAUUUUCAACAAAACAUAAUUUACUAAUAACUUUGCAUAAAAUGGUGGGAGCAUAUCAGUUAACGGAUCUUCAAAUAUAAAAUUCUUUCAAAAUUUAGUGCAAAACACUUUUGCCUACAACAAUGGUGGAUUUAUCAAUGUCUUUACACAAAACCUCGAAUAAGAAUAAGCCCAGACUUAAUCUAGGAUUUUAAAAAAUUAUAUAAUUCCCAAUAUCACUAUUUCUGAAAAUAAAAAUUUGGAAGAGAACAAUUUACUUUAGAACGAGAGAGAAAAUAGAGCAUUUUACAGAUAAUUAAACACACUUGAAAUUUUGAGCUUGCUACAAAUAACUUAAUAAAGCUAGAUCAGAUAAACAUAUGCAUAUAAUAAUGGAGGAGCGAUUUAUGUUGAUUCAAAUGAUUUAAAUGUAGAAAUUGAUGAUUUAUUUCAGUAAAGCUCAAGAUCUUAUAAGUAGAUGGGAGGAUUUAUUCAUUCAGAAAAUUCUAGAUCAAUAUCGAUAGCACAUUCAAAUUUCACUCAGUAUCAAAGUGCUAGUGGUUCAUUUUUAGCAAGUGUCGGAGUAGAUACUGGAAUUCUAAUUUCUAACUCAAGAUUUGACAAAAAUAAAGAAUUUAUUGUUCCAGGUGAGAGUGAAUAUUCAUAACUUUCUUAAUAAGAUAGUUUCGGUACAAUAUACGUUUCAAAUGCAGAAUCAUUACUUUUGAUGAACAAUCAAUUUUACAAUAACUAUUAUUCAAAGAUAUUGGAUCAACCUAUAGAAAUAGUGUUGCUCAUUUGGGAGGAGUGA